AUGUGCUCGAGUCAGGCCGGGCGGGUCCAUAUCCGGGUGGACCGAGUGGGUGGGGCCGUCCCUCCUCCAGGUCCCGAGGUGGGUUGGGGGUGGGGAGUGACGCGCGGAGAUUCCCUGACGCCCCUUCGGAUCCGAGAGGGGGCGGCAGAAGGAACGCUAGGGCGACAGGGCGUGGAUUUAGGGCGUGCCCACCUUGUCGAUUGGCCCUGGGGAGCACCCCCCUCCACCUUCCCGAGCCUUAGCGGCCGCGGAGGAGCAAAAGGAGAGGUGGAAGCCGAGGAAGGCUGGCUGAGCCGGCCACCAGCUCCGAACUUGCCGGGGAAACUAGUGCUGAGGGAGGGAGGGGCCGGGCCCUGGCCGCGGCGGGAGGAGGGGCGGCCGCAGCUGCAUCCAGCCCCGUUGGCUUCCUUCCCAGCUCUCCUUCGCCUCCUCCUCCUCUUCCUCCUGUAUGAGUCAGGCAUUUCCCGGGGAUUUGGAGCAGCCACGCGCGGCCCGGGCGCCCGGAGCUGUAGCAGCAGCGGCAGUCGCCACCGCGGCGGGCACCCGCGUCCCGGCCCGGGCUCGGUGGCCGCUAGCCCGUCCGGGGGAGGCAGCCGCAGGCGGGAGCCGGCGCUCGAGGGCGUGCUCAGCAAAUACACCAACCUCCUCCAGGGCUGGCAGAACAGGUACUUUGUGCUGGAUUUUGAGGCUGGCAUCCUGCAGUAUUUUGUAAAUGAACAAAGCAAGCACCAGAAGCCUCGAGGAGCCCUGUCUCUAUCCGGAGCCAUCGUAUCCCUGAGCGAUGAGGCUCCCCACAUGCUGGUCGUGUACUCUGCUAAUGGGGAGAUGUAUAAACUGAGAGCUGCUGAUGCAAAAGAAAAGCAGUUCUGGGUGACUCAGCUUCGAGCUUGUGCCAAAUACCACAUGGAAACAAAUUCAAAGAGUACUCCAAGCUCCCGAAGCCGAAGUCUCACUUUGCUCCCCCAUGGAACACCCAAUUCUGCGUCUCCCUGUAGCCAGAGACACCUCAGUGCGGGGGCCCCCGGUGUUGUCACAGUCAUGCAUCACAAGUCGCCUGCAGCUGCCCGAAGAGCCAAGAGUCAGUAUUCCGGCCAACUUCACGAAGUCAGAGAGAUGAUGAACCAGGUGGAAGGGCAGCAGAAGAACCUGGUGCAUGCCAUUGAGUCCCUGCCGGGCUCUGGCCCCCUCACUGCCUUGGACCAGGACUUGCUGCUCCUGAAAGCUACCUCUGCGGCCACCCUCAGCUGCCUCGGGGAGUGCCUCAACUUGCUACAGCAGAGCGUGCACCAGGUGGGCCCAUCCAGCCACAAGCCGGGGCCCUCAGAGAACGUCCUGGGAUGGCAUGGGCCCAAGUCACAUUCCACAGAGCAGCUGAAAAAUGGGACACUUGGCUCUUUGCCAUCAGCCAGUGCCAACAUAACCUGGGCCGUUUUACCAAACUCCACUGAAGAUGAACAAACUUUCCCGCCAGAGCCAGAGCCAAACUCAGGCCCUGAAUUGGUUUUGUCCGAAGAUGAAAAAACUGACAAUGAAGAUAAGGAAGAGACAGAGUUGGGCGUCAUGGAGGAUCAUCGCAGUAUAAUUCUUCACCUCAUUUCACAGCUCAAACUUGGAAUGGAUUUGACCAAGGUGGUGCUUCCCACGUUCAUUCUGGAGAAGAGAUCCUUGCUGGAGAUGUAUGCAGACUUUAUGGCGCACCCUGACCUCCUGCUGGCCAUCACUGCCGGGGCCACGCCAGAGGAGAGAGUUAUUUGUUUCGUGGAGUAUUAUCUCACAGCCUUCCAUGAGGGCCGCAAGGGGGCCUUGGCCAAGAAGCCCUACAACCCCAUCAUCGGGGAGACGUUUCACUGCUCCUGGGAAGUCCCCAAGGACAAGGUCAAGACCAAAAGGACUGCUCCCCCGUCUCCUCCCAGUGAUCAUGAACAACUAGUGGCUGAUGACCCUUCCAAAAGCUACAAAUUAAGGUUUGUGGCUGAGCAAGUAUCCCAUCACCCACCCAUCUCCUGCUUCUACUGUGAGUGCAAGGAGAAGAGACUGUGCGUCAACACUCACGUAUGGACCAAAAGCAAGUUCAUGGGCAUGUCCGUGGGGGUCUCUAUGAUAGGGGAAGGUGUGCUGAGGCUCCUGGAACACGGAGAGGAAUACGUCUUCACACUGCCCAGCGCUUACGCGCGGUCCAUCCUCACCAUCCCGUGGGUGGAGCUCGGAGGAAAGGUCAGCAUCAACUGCGCCAAGACCGGGUACUCCGCGACCGUGACGUUCCACACCAAGCCCUUCUACGGCGGGAAAGUACACAGGGUCACAGCAGAAGUGAAGCACAACCCAACCAACACCAUUGUUUGUAAAGCCCAUGGGGAGUGGAAUGGUACCUUGGAAUUCACCUACAGCAACGGGGAGACCAAAGUCAUCGACACAACUUCACUGCCAGUGUACCCCAAGAAGAUCAGGCCCCUGGAGAAGCAGGGGCCCAUGGAGUCCAGGAACCUCUGGCAGGAGGUUACCCGAUAUCUGCGACUAGGGGACAUUGAUGCAGCCACAGAGCAGAAGCGGUGCCUGGAAGAGAAACAGCGGGUGGAGGAACGGAAGCGGGAAAACCUCCGCACACCAUGGCAGCCCAAAUAUUUUAUCCAAGAGGGCAACGGCUGGGUAUACUUCAAUCCCCUCUGGAAGGCACACUGAUGGGCUGGAGGUGCAGAGCUUUCCUAAAUAGCCCUGUUUUUGUAGGAAUUAAAGUGGUACAGUACCAAGGUUUUGUUGGCAUUCACCGAGACCCCUUGCUAGCAAACAAGAAAUGGUUAAAAAAAAAAAAAAAAAAUUCUAUACUGUGAACCAUGCUCCCCCAAACUCUUGCUAGAGGAUUGAAUUUAUCCAAGAGCCAUUUGGGGCAUGUGUGUACACAUUUAAGGUGUUCACACACGCACUAUGUACAUAUGAGUAUUACUACACAUGUAAAUAAUGCACUCACCAAGAUUUAAGUGGGUAAUCAUGAGCUCCUUUUUAUCAAUGAGGUUUUCUAUUUUUCACUUUGCCAAAAAUGUUUUGCACUUACAAAGAUGUUUUCACUUAGCCAACUUCUGUCAAAAUGAAGAUUGAAUUGGCAUGGCCCAAUCAAUGUGUCCUUAUAGUAGACAGUGGCUCAUUCCUGGGAGAAAUGCAGGUGGCAAUCAUUUCCCAAGUGGGAUUUUCACAUCCUUCCCCAUCUCCAUCUUGUGUUUGUCCACAUCCGAGAAAUAUAAACUACUUUGCUGAGAAUGGAUGUGUUUAGGAAGCUAUUGGAGAUUAAUGCCAGAGCCUUCUAAGGUGGAAUCUAGAGCCAAACCAGGCCCUAACAUUGAGUUUUCCUCCCAUUUUUCUGAUGCUCAAAGCACGAGUUAUACAUUCCUCCAAAGCUUCUUCCUUUACAGCAGAAAAUAAAUCUCACGGAGAGUUCAUUACCUUCAUGAUGGAAAAAAGGGCUUCAGAAGCUGAAUUAUGUGCAUGCAUAUUCAAAUAUGCGAGAAAAGAAUUUACUGUGGAUUUUUAAAAAGUGUACCUCUCUGGUAUGACUCAAACUCUGCAAGAAAGCCACUGUGAUUAAAACAAAGCCUUUGUAAGUGUUCCAUGGUUUCAGUUGAAUUUGUCCUCAGCCUUUACAAAUUGAGGUGUCAGACGUGACCAAAAAAAAGGAAAAAUGAUUUUUGCUCAAUGCUUAAUUUAUUUUUUACUGUGCCACUCCAAUGAUAUUUAUAAAAAUCAGUAGCAUGAAUGCUUCUCUGUAGUAAUACUAAUUUUGUGCCUUUUGUCCGCUUUCUUAAGACCAAUUGUUCACACUUUGUAGAUAUUAGACAAAUAUAUUUCAAUUAAAUGUUA